UGUCUAUUUAUGUAGAUAUCUAACGCCACAUGCGUACAUACUCUGUCGUUUCUUCUUCUUCUUCUUCUUCUUCUUCUUCUUCCAUGCCAUGCAGGAUAAGGGUUUCUCAUUUUUUUUAUCUUUUGGGCCGGGGAUUUGUUGGGAUGAUUUCAACAUUAAGCAUUAUAAUUAAUUUUAGUUGUCUUUCUCCUUAAUCUAGACUCUUUGUCUGACAUGGGUUUUACUUUUCCUCGUCUUUUCGGAAUGUGUGUGUUUGCUUUGGAGUCACCUUUGUGUUGUCUUUUUCUAAGGGGAAAAAAUAAACGAGGAAAUAAGGUUUCCAUUUUCUCGAUUCGGGUUCCAGGAGACAUAAUGAAUGAAUCAAACAGCUUUGAUUUCAAAAUCAAUCCCCAGUAGCCGCGAUAUUUUCAAGCAAUUGAUAGUUUGAGAGGAAAGAGUUCAGCAAGGUGGGGAUAUAGCCAUGUCUGGGGAACAGUUGCAGGUGCUUAACGCGCUCGAUGUAGCAAAGACACAAUGGUAUCAUUUCACUGCAAUUAUCAUUGCCGGGAUGGGUUUCUUCACAGAUGCAUAUGAUCUCUUCUGCAUAUCCCUGGUCACCAAAUUGCUUGGGCGCAUAUACUACCAUGUAGAUGGCUCGCCCAAGCCUGGCAGCCUUCCUCCCAAUGUCUCUGCUGCCGUUAAUGGUGUCGCGCUCUGUGGAACCCUUGCGGGGCAACUCUUCUUUGGCUGGCUCGGUGACAAGCUGGGCCGAAAGCGAGUCUAUGGCUUGACUCUCAUGCUCAUGUGUGGCUGCUCCUUUGCUUCGGGCCUUUCCUUCGGCAAGCAGCCAAGGGCUGUCAUGACAACCCUCUGCUUCUUCCGGUUUUGGCUUGGAUUUGGCAUUGGGGGUGACUAUCCUCUUUCUGCCACCAUCAUGUCUGAAUACGCCAACAAGAAGACUCGCGGCGCCUUCAUAGCUGCUGUGUUUGCCAUGCAAGGAUUUGGAAUCUUAGCCGGUGGGAUAUUCGCCAUCAUCAUCUCUUCUGCAUUCGGUGCCAGGUUUAGUGCUCCAGCUUACCAGGUUGACCCAGUUGGCUCAACUGUCCCGCAAGCGGAUUAUGUUUGGAGGAUAAUUUUAAUGGUUGGGGCGCUGCCAGCUCUGCUGACUUACUACUGGCGGAUGAAAAUGCCAGAAACUGCUCGAUACACAGCUCUUGUUGCCAGGAAUGUCGAACAAGCCACUGCCGACAUGUCAAAGGUUUUGCAGACUGACAUCGAGGCUGAGCCGGAGAAAACUGCGCAGAUAGCUCAGAAGCCAGCAGCAUCAUUUGGUUUGUUUUCCAAGGAGUUUGUUCGUCGCCAUGGGCUUCACUUGCUGGGAACCACAAGCACUUGGUUUUUGCUCGACAUAGCGUUUUACAGCCAGAAUCUGUUCCAGAAGGACAUCUUCAGCGCCAUUGGAUGGAUUCCUCCCCCAAAGACCAUGAAUGCAAUUCAGGAAGUUCACAAGAUAGCAAGGGCACAAACCCUUAUUGCUCUAUGCAGCACUGUCCCUGGCUACUGGUUCACUGUGGCAUUCAUUGACAAGAUGGGAAGAUUUGCCAUUCAACUACUGGGCUUCUUCAUGAUGACUGUCUUCAUGUUUGCACUGGCCAUCCCUUACAACCACUGGACUCACCCUGACCACCGAAUCGGUUUUGUGGUGAUGUACUCCUUCACCUUCUUCUUCGCCAAUUUUGGACCGAAUGCCACCACAUUCGUUGUCCCAGCCGAGAUUUUCCCAGCCAGAUUGAGGUCCACCUGCCAUGGCAUCUCUGCAGCAUCCGGUAAAUUGGGAGCAAUAGUAGGCGCCUUCGGGUUCUUGUACCUGGCUCAGAACCAGGACAAGGCCAAGGCCGAUGCAGGGUAUCCAGCAGGUAUUGGGGUCAAGAAUUCACUCAUUGUACUGGGUGUGGUCAACUUGUUGGGCUUGGCAUUUACGUUCUUGGUACCCGAAUCAAAAGGAAAAUCUCUGGAGGAAAUGUCCGGGGAGAAUGAAGCAGUAGCCGGGGUGGAGUCAGGUCAGCCGCCUCAAAAUAAUAGGACGGUUCCAGUCCUAUAGAAUGUUUGGGAAAACCUUGCAGCCCUAUAGGCAAUUAUAUCACUACUCUUCUAUAAGCCCUAAAUCUCCCCAGUCCCCACCACCAACCUUCUUUCUAGCUCUUUGCAUGCUGUAGUUCACAACUUUACAUUACAUUUCAGUCCUUUCUCUGUUUCUAUUGAAGUGCUAUGAGAGUAAGAUUUAGUAGUUUCAUACUCUUUCUUCAACUGGGUUCUCAAAAACAGUAUGUUAUGUGUGCUUGUGAUAAUGUUCCAAGGUAACUCUUAGGGUGUGUUUGGGAGGGUGGAAAAUAAUGGAGUUGGAUGGGAUCGGAUUUCCUUUGUUUGGGAGGGGAGGCCAAUUAA